GAAAUUCAAAAACCACACACUUGAUGUUAGCUUAGCUACAAUCUACCCAUGAUACAUUAUAUUCACCACAUCCUCGCCGUUGAUUUCUGCACCCCUAAUCCAUCCGUCAAUAUUUUCCUGAUGCUGUCAUCUUCCCCUUCCUUGGAAUACGACGUCAUUUCCAUGGAUUUACCGGAAGAAUGCUGGGAAUUGAUCCUCAAUUCCUUGGGCGAUGAGCGCCACUUCGAACCCAUCUCUUUAGUCUCCCGCAAGUUGCUUUCCAUCACCAAUAAUCUACGCCGUAACCUCGUUUUCACUCAACAAGCUCUCCAUAAGACUUUCAAUCUGCUUCCCCGCUUCCCAAAUCUCAAAAAGCUCGAUUUUUCUCAAGUAGCGUUGGAUGUGGAUGCCUUUCUUUGCUCAGUUUCAGAAUGUGAGAUGGAUCUUGUUUCGCUUAAUAUUUCAAACCAGAAGGAAUUUCCCAUAACCGGUCUUCGAGAAUUGGUGUCAAAAAAUAAGAAUUUAAGAGAAUUGAUUUGUUCAAAAAUUGGAUUAAAAGAUGAAGAUGUGAUUGCAAUAGCCGAGUCUUGUCCGGCUAUUGAAGUACUUGACAUCAGUUAUCCUGACUAUAAUGGUGAUGAUUUUCCAGAUGGGUCUCCGGAUUUGAGGUUUUGUUCAGGUUUUGUAACUGAUGCUGGGAUUCAUGCUAUGGCGGUGAAGCUCGAGAGACUAUUAAAGAUUGAUGUUUCGGGUAAUUUUUUUCUUACUGAUAAGUCUCUCGCUUCGAUCAGUUCGAAAUGUCCUUUGUUGAAAGAACUUGUGGUUAAUGACUGUGAUUUCAUAACUCAAACCGGUAUUGGUUUACUGAUGGGUUCUAGUCAACAUUUGAGUUCAAUUUCAAUGAAUGGAAUUGGAAUUCCUUCAAUUCAUCAAAAUUUUACGGAUAAAUUUGGCGAAGCAAGAAAUUUAUGUGAAGUUGAUCUUUCGAAUUCGUUUUUAUCUGAUGAAUUCCUUUGUUCGAUGGCAGAAGCUUCUCUUAAGUUAAAGAAAGUUAGUCUUUCACAUUGUCGUUACUAUACAUUUGCUGGAAUCUCGGUUUUGUUGCAAAAGUACCAGUCCCCUGAAAAUUUGAACCUUGAAGCUGCAGAUUUUCUUAGUGAUGAGUCUAUGAUUGAGUUAUCUAAAUUUCUCCAGAGUUUAACCUCCAUAAAGCUUUGCUACUGUUCAAUGCUCACCAAUGCAACAUUCUUUACACUAAUAAGAGACUGUCCCCUGUUGAGUGAAAUAAAAAUGGAAUAUACAAAUCUGGGAAUAGAGGAAUUUCCAAUGGAUUCAAAAAUAAACCCUCGAGUCAAGAGUUUGUAUUUGGCUAGGAAUGGCAAUUUGAGCUCUGAAUUUCUGAAAAAGGUUGCAUUACUUUGUCCUAGUUUACAAGUUCUUGAUGUGACCAGCUGUUUGGGAAUUUCAGAAGAAGGAAUUGGUGAAAUUUUGAGGAAUUGCAGUCAGGUUAGACAUUUGGAGAUUAAUGUGUGUCGACAGUUGAAUAAUCUUGGUAUAGGUUUUGAUCUGCCAAAGUUGGAGGUUUUGCGAGCAUCUGGAUCUGGAUUGAAUGAAGAUGCACUGAUAAUGAUUGCAAAUCAUUGUUGCCGACUAUUGUAUUUGAAUUUGGAGAAAUGCUUUAAUGUUACCACCAGUGGGUUGGUGAAAGCGGUGGAAAAUUGCAUCUCAUUGAGGGAGAUCAAUUUGAAGUGGUGUAAUGUGAAUGAUGGUAUUGUGGCUUGGAUGGUGUUCACAAGGCCAUCGCUGAGGAAAAUUAUCCCGCCUGGUGGUUUUGCUCCUUCUAAUAACCAGAGGAGCUAUUUCUUCAACCAUGGAUGCCUGGUUUGUGAUGGCUAGGUGAGAGUAAAAGCUACUUGCUUUCUUUUGGUUAGGUCUUUACAAAGUUGUUUUGCAAGUGUACAGGUAUGUGAUGAUGGGCACUCCAUUACCAUUGUAGGCUGGAGUUCUUGUCUUUAUGUAUUUCUUCUUUCUUAUUAUUGUAUUAUUCUGUGUAUUUAGUGUGAUUACAUGUUGAACAAAAUGUCAAAAUUUCAGAAGCUUGUUUUACCA